GAUGGUCUGGACGUACCAAUUGCCAAGGACCAGCGAUCAGCUUAUGUUUGGGUUGCUGCAGCCAGAAUGAUAGACAAAGGAGAACGAGCAGAUGGAAGUCAAGAACCGCGGAAGAAGAAAUACACCUGGAACCUUGAUGAAAUGGCUCCUGCUGGUAUUGAGUGUAGCUGUGAUAUUUGUGGUCAGGGAGUUUCAGAGGACGGCGUGCUUUACGAGUUCAGAUGCUACCCACGGCUAAGACGUGAUGAACCCCGCCCCGCAGGGGGGAGACGGCUUCAUCCCUUUGUCAGCUACAUGGGAAAGGAGUGUGGGAAAGGACUUCUUGGCCUUGCAACCGGAGCAUCGAAGCUGAGAGAACGUGUAUAUCGCCUUCUCAUAGAAGCAGAUGGCUUGGCAGCCAUGGAAGAGCUUGAGGACGUAUGGCGCAAUGGAAGUGACACCAUGCGGCAGAUCCUUGCAGAUGAACUUCGCUUCCUUUCCAGAGCAGAGGCCGGUAUGCCCCGUCGAGCUGCUGAGCUGAGAAAAGCUGAACAACUCCAUGGGGAUGUUUACAAAGAGCGGGAGGAUGUGUUUCGGGCUGCGGCACGUGCGACGGGGCCAGUGCUCAAUGCCAGAGAUUUGGCGUCUGUGACGAUCACCUAUGCUGAAGACCAGGAAGAAGAAAAUGUGGCGCUGCCGUCUUCAAAAGGCAACUCAAGCGUGCAACGAACAAGCGGCUAUUUGGGUCAGGUAGCAGAAGCACUUCGAGAAAGAAAACCACUGCCAGCUGCACCAGUACCCUGGCCUCGUGCAGAUGUUGUGACUUGCCUCCAAGCCUUGGUGAAUGCAUGGCAUCCACUUCGGAUAGAACUUCAUGAUUCCCUCCAUGGGCGACAGGAAUUCUACUUCGAGAAGCCAUCGCAUAAGCAGAAGAAACAAAAGAAAGAGAAGGACAAACAAUCUCUCCCUAUGUUAAGCCUGGUCUAUCUUCCUGGCUGCCAGGAGCUUCAUAGCAUCAGUGCUCAAAGCUGCUCCCGAGAACAGUGCCAGGCCUUGAAGGAGGAAAGAGAUCAAGUGCUGAAACAAUGCCGCGAGGAUUUUGCACCUUUGGAGGCUAUCCACGGCCAAGGCAGAUACUCACGAGCAGAGGACAAAGCCAUUGAAGUGCCAGAUAGAGUCACCUUUGAGCAGGUCACGAAAGCAUUGACCCAGAUUACCUGGCCAAAUUGCUUCACAAGGAACAAUGUGCGACCAGAUGGAGCUCCAUUUAUUGAGGCAUUUCCUUUGGGAGUGGUCCUGAACUAUGCACUUGGCCUUGUUUGCUCCAGACCGACUCGGCUUUGGCCAAACCUGACCAAGCUUCUUGCCAAGUUCAUCGCACAAGAGCAGCCAGACUUUCGGUAUACGACAGUGCAAUUGAACAAGGAUUAUGCCACCAAGAUGCAUGUAGAUGGCAACAACCAUGGACCCAGCUACAUCAUCGGGUUGGGAGACUACACCGGUGGUGAAGUUUGGAUUCUGGAUGAAGAAAAUGGGACUGUGGAGGUUGAAAUUCCAUGUACCCUGCGUGGUUGGCCCCAUCUCAGGCCAGGCACAAAAGCGCUUGGAAGGUUGGAGGAUUGUCGGAACAAGUGGCUGAAGUUUGAUGGCAACAGACCCCAUAUGACCAUGCCAUAUCAAGGUUCUCGGAUCAGCGUGGUUUUCUUCACCCGAAAAGGUUGGUUGACCAUGCUGGGUCAGACCCAAGUGUCUUUGGAGGCCCUUGGCUUUCAGUUGCCUGGCGAGGACUACCUGAAUCUCUCCACCGUGAAAGAACUAAAGGAGGAAAAGGACAAUUCCCAAGCUAAGAAGGUGAAGAAAGUGGCCAAAGCUCCCCGUGAAUCCAAGGAAGAGGUUCCCAGUGACGAGGAAGUUGACGAGGAAGAAGCGGUAGAUGCAAUUCUGCGAGCGGAUCAAGAUGCCGCCACCUGGCCAGCUUGGGAUUGGGGUGCUCGUUUGCAAGAACAUCUAAAAAGCAUGGGAGGAAUCAACUUCGGAGAGAAUCUGGAAGUAGCCUGCUUGGGAAGCGCCGCCGUCUUUGGCAUUGUGUUGCAGGAACUGAUGAAGGAGUCCUCAUUUCGAGUCGUGGCCUGGGCUGAACCAGGCCGUACAGCUAUGCGCUUGCUGAAAAAAACUUGCAAGCCUGACCAUGCUUUCAAAGACGUGAAUGAAGCACUGGCAAGGCAAGGACAUUGUGAAGUUCAUCACCAGGUAUGUAGCUGUAGAGAUGCAAGCAGCGGGAAUGGUUCAACAGGAAUUGCUGAGGACCUCUUGUUUGGAAGCUUUCCGCCUGAGCCUUUUCUGAAUCAGGAUCCUUCUAAGCCAAGUUGCUUCGAUGAUCCUCGAUCGGCUGCCUUUCUGUCCUUGCGGGAACAUGUGGUUUCCAAAAAGCCAAGAGCUGCAUUGCUCUUGGUGGAAUGCUGGCAGAAACUUCCUGAGGCAUCCCGGCCAUCAGUGCAAAGCUUUCUGCUGGAUGGCAAAGAUCCACGAAUCUGGGAUGGUGAUCCCAAGGCUUGUUGGGGUCUCCGGCACAUAGAUGGCUAUGGUGUGACCUUUAUUGACAUCCCUGUGGCAGAUUGUGGUGUGCCCCUAGCAGGCCAUGAGGCUAUGCUAGUGCUUGUUCGGGAAGAUUCUGGUGGUGCUGCUGCAGCUGAAGCCACAGAGCAGCUUGUGAGGAAGAUCGUGGGCUCGGACGUGCUGCCGAGAUGUUCAGCUCACUCUUUGAUGUUUACAAAUGAUGACCCCAGAGUGGAGCAAGCUCAACGGGAGGAAGCAAACGAUGCCUUGCAGAAGAAGGGAAGGAAAGCCAUCAACGCAGCCAUGCGCCGACGCAUGGGUCAAGAGGCACGAGACCUCGGCCUGCAAACUGGUGAGGCACCCUACACGGAGUUUCUGAGAAAAAAACCUACAAGGCACAGCGAGGGUCAAACCCCCUCGGAGACAUGGAUCAAGCAAGCACCCAGCGACAAGGCAGUUUUAGUGAACCUCCUCUACGUGCGAGCCAGUCAGAGUGGCCUUGAUCUCCAGAAUCUAUCUGCAGAUCUUUCCCUGGGCUUGAGCACACAAGGCCGAAGGGACGAUGGCCUUCUGCCACGGACGAGUGCCAUCAGCAUCAAGACGGAUCCUCUCAGCAUGCCAGAGUUUUAUUCAUUCUCCCACCAUCGGACUUUGGUUGGUCAAGAGAUUGCUCUUUGCUUCGGCUAUCCCAUUUGGAGGCUUGACUUUCGUGCAAUCUCAGAUUCUGAGGUAAGGGAUAUGUUGACACGAUCUCCGGUGGUGCCUGCUGUGGGAGUUGCUGUUGCAGCUUUACUGUCUGUAGCUGAACUGCAUGGUGAGCAAAAGCUUCCAAAGCAAAGCUUAGCUCAACUCCUUGCAGAUCUAAAAGAGACAGACAAGAAAGAAGAAACAGCAGCAUUAAGCACUGUGAGCACAACAAGUAUACCAACGGGACCAGCGGCAUCACCGGCACCAGGAGCAUCGAUGGCUGAGGCACUUCCGGCUGACGAAGAAGGUGUGCGCCUGGAAAGUAGAGCAGCUGCGUUGCUGAACUUGGUCAGUCACGAUUCAUUUGCUCGAUCUGCUACCACUCAAGCUCGAAAAGAUGAUGGACGAGGCAUUUUCUCUGCAUUGAGCGAAGUGGCCAAAGAAGCGGGCGGAUCUGAGGAGCGAGGCACUAAAAGGAAAGAACCAGAAUCAGAAGCGGAAGGCAUCAUGCCCAUUGAAGAGCCACUGGAUUGGCAGGUUCGAGCAAGAAAACUGCAUUUCGGGGUCGAGCCUGUCAGCAUUGAGACUGUGCUGAAGUGGGUUACCGAAGCUGUUGAGGACACAGAGGCAGAGCACUCUCACAAAAUCAUUCGGACUGGCAUAGAAGAAGUCCAGCGCCGUGUCUCAAGAGACGAACUGGUGCCACAGGCCUUGUUCACAUCGAAGAACAAGCUCGUAAACGGUCUGAAGGCGCACGGCUUUGAGGACUUAGCCCAGGAGGCGGAUGUCACAAUGCGGGCAUCGCAGUUGGCAAAAAACAUUGCCAGGGGAGCUCCAGAAGUUUGUCUUGACAGCCAAUCAAAGGACUCCAUGAAGCAUUAUGUCAACAGGGUGGUGAGGGGUUGCGAUCGAUUUGGAUGGAUGAUGCGUCGUGUUUUUCUCAACCACCUCAGCCAAGUUGCUUCAAGAGCUUUGAAAGCAGGAGAAGCAUCUUCUAUUUCCAAAGCAGCCGAAGCUUUGAAGGAAUUUGGCAACGAGGGUGGAUGGACAUGCAUUGUGUCCUGGUUGAAAGAGACCCCACAUCCUGAGAAGUGGCCUUCGGCUGCUGUCCUUGAUCAGCUUGGCAAUUGUCUUCUGCCCAAGACUCCUCCAGUACUAUUUGCUUUGCUCUACAGGGCGCUUACUUCUCCACAAAUGGGAUAUUCACAUCCGCAAAGCCUCAAUCGCAUGGAGAAAAUCCUUUCAGCAGCGAUAUCGCCGCUUGAGCUUCGUAGCGUAGAGCAGGGCAUGCCUCUGGUGAAAGAAAUUGCGGCCAGCGGUGGUGCGAUCACGGAGCGCUUUGACAAAGUGCUGAAGCUCAUGGGGCUUGGCCUCGAAGUUCAUGAAGCCAUUGGCAACCAGGAAACUAAGACCUGGCGGCAACUUCAAGAGCGACUGGAAGAGCUACCCACCCCCCAAAGGGGUAGUUGGCAGCAGUUGGCCGCUUUGGAGUCCACAUUCACGACCGAAUUGAAAGAUACAAUUCUGCAUCACCUCGCGGUUGCGAAGAACUAUGAGAAAACGCUGAAAAAGAAGGAAGCAGCACGCCUUCAACAGCAAAGUAUGGCAGCAGUUGAGCGCUGCCGACUUGCUCUUUUGUCUCUUGUGGAAGAUGAUGGUCUGAAAGACAAAACGCAUUCCGGGCUCAAGGCGUGUUUGGCCCGGAUGAAGGAUCUGACUGACGCCAUGAAGAAGAUGGAGGAGCUGAAUGUAGCAGGUGAUGCAGAGGAUCGUGUUAGUGGUUGCCACAAGGCCUGGAAUGCCGGCCGUGCGGCUGUGCAGCAAUUUAGUGAGAAGCAAGUCCGGAGUGCUAAAGCAUUUAUUUGGCUACGCCAGCAGAACCUCGCCCACUGCGCACGACUACUGGACACCGCAGGCAUCUUGGAACGGCUUCACAUUCUGCGAACCUCUCCACAAAGAUUGGAAGCUAUUGGCCUGCCGUACCGCUGCCGCUACCUUCUCUUUAUGGCUGCAGAAAGGGAGAACUUGUCCGAUGAUAACUUUGCUCCCAAGCUGGAGGAGGUUCCUGAAGAAUGGGAGCAGCGGACGUCCAGACAUCUUAAUUUGAAAUUCUUCGAAAAACAGGGUGGCCAGCAGAAGCGCCAGCAGAUGCAGUGGGAAUGGCCUUUGCCCAGGGGUCUGGUAGCAUGGCAAGGGAAUGCGGAAGGCUCAACGAGCGAAGCCUGGCAAAAGCGAGAUGAGGAGCACGCAUUGAGCUCUCAGAUGGUAAACCAGUCAAAUGUUGUAGUGGAUCCUUUCAGAGAAGGAAGUCAAUGCUUGCUAUGCCAUCAGAAUGCUGAAAAUGGUCAUCACACUUCUUCGACCCAUUGCCAACAGAUGAAACAGUGGAAAAUAGCAUCGGAUCGCUUGGCCAUGGUGUGCCUCGACCUUGACACACUUUCUCAGGACGAAGCUCGUCGCCCUGGCUUGGCGUCUGUUUGGCGCGGAGAGCUAUGGGAGGCGUUGAGGGCAUCUCCAGCUAUUCCCACCAACGUCUUGGCAGUUUUUUGGCGACGCGUUGUCCUUCCACAGCUCUCCUUGCAGAACUCGAAGCACGAUUCAGAGUCGCUCUUGGGUUUGCAGGCAUUGCUCAAGGAGGCACUGAAGGUUGCCAGAAUACUCGAGGAAGAUGCCACUGACAAGGAAGUUUCUGCAGCAAUCACUUCUGCGGAACGCUUCAUAGAUGACACGAAGUAUCCAGGUCUAGACAAAUCUUCAAUCGCACUAGCUGCAGCUGCAAUCAAGGACCUUCGACUUGCUACAGCCAAAAUACUUCACACAAGAUCCGCGGUCCUAAAGAACGCUGUGGCCAUCCUUGGCCAGGCUCAGGCAAAAGUUAAACACCACAGCCUGGAGCCGGCGUUCCACGCAACCUUCCAUUCGUGGCUGAAGAAGCAUAAACUCGAGACUUGCUUCAAGCUUCUUGACCAGAGAGGGGUCAUCGUCUCAAUAUUGAAAGGAGAUCCUGUGGAGGCGAAUGCUGCAGUGGGGCUUCCUACUCGUUUCGCAGAGAAGCUUUGGAAGGCGUGGUGCUCAGAUGGUGACCUCAGACUUCUGCGUCCUUUGUGCUCGCCACCAGAUGAUUGGGAAGCAGUUUUUUCCAGAAAUGUUGGUUUGUUCUACUUUUGCAAGAGGGUCGUGCACGGCCCGGCACAAUGGAUGUAUCCGCCCACCUUAGCAGAGGACAAGCUACCCAAGGUGCAAGGCAACCUAGAAGACUUGACGAGGGGGCAGCCCCACUCCGGCAGCGUGCCAUAUGUGGAGAUCGACCUCAACGGCGAACCGGUGUGUUUGCUAUGUAAGGCACAUGGCCUGGAGCACUUUGCAAGUGCGGGCCAUGCUCGCAAUGUCAACCUUUGGUCUGCAAUUCAAGAUCGCCUGGUAGCGGCAGACCGAGACCUUGCUGUGCAGUCAACGUCCCUGACUUCGCAUUCCACCUCUAGCCAAUUGUCGGAACUGGCAAAGGUCUGGGUUGGUGAGAUUCAGCGUUUGACACUGGAGCAAAAUACUGGUGCUGAUUUGGAGGGGCAGGUGGGUCGUACAUUUUGGCAUCUUUUGUUUGACGACUGGGCUGCAAAAGCAAGCAGACCUGCUCAAGUGCAGCAGGAAUUGGAAAGGGCGCUAAGAAUAGCUGGCUUGGCAGAACCAAAGUGGUCAUCCCUGCAGUGGAAGCCACGCAUACCUCCUCAACCAGAUGUGGACUUCCCAUGGCCUCUGCCAUCCAUCUUGACACUGUCAGCUUCCACACCAGCAGAGGUCUUUGAUCAUUUGAAUGCCGAAGCCUUGAAAAGUGAAGGCAUCAAGGUGCAGGCCGAUGGUAGUUUUUGGUGCGCAUUCUGUGACAAAGCUGUGAAGCCGCUUGCGAAUCACCUUGAUCGGACUUCGCUAGAGGCCAUCGCUAGGUUGGAAGCCACCGCUAUUAGGUUGGAGGCCAAGCAGCACUUGGACUCUCGGGAUGUUGCACAGACAGUCGUGGCCAGCUUGCGUGCUGAAGGGCAUGAGCUGGGGCGUGAAGGAAUGACCAUCUCCAAAAGACGCUUUCGUUGUGGGCUUUGCAACAUCUCUGGCAGCUGGACCCGGUGUCUAGAGCACCGGUCAAGCCGGUCUCAUCAAGAUGCGUACCAAAGAUUCCAAGGAAGCACUUCUUCCAUUGCUGCACAAGCGAAGCUUAACAACAGCAGCUUCAUUGAGGUUGAGCAGACCGCCUGGAAAGCAGCCUUUGAUGCCAUGGACAAAUGGUGAUCAGUCAGCAGAUCUUUUUCAAGACAGUGCAGACAAGACCCUCUCGAGCCAAG